AUAUAUGAGCUGCCCCUUUGUCUUUACACUACGAUUAGGUAACUGUGUUUUUUUUUAUUUUUCUGAUAAACUGAUUAAUUAGGUACCCGUUCAAAACAUACUCUCUCUCUCUCUCUCUCUCUCUCUCUCUCUCUCUCUUCCUAGCUUGUUGCUACUUGCAGAGAAAGAGAUGAACUCUUUGGUGCCAGUUUUACAUCCUUCACAAGUGACCACCAUUGACGUUACUCAGCUGCAUCAUGACUCUCAUACAAGGUCUGUUGUGAUCAAAACUAUUCACGAUGCUUGCCAAAAAAUGGGCUUUUUUCAGGUUAAGAAUCACGGUGUAAGCAAAGAAGUCACUGAAAAUGGUCUUGGCUCAUUGUCAAAAUUCUUCGAUUUGCCAAUGGAUCAGAAGACAAUAUUCUUGUCCGAUGAUGUAAACAAGCCAGUAAGAUUUGGGACUUUCCCAAUAGACAACUUGGAUAGGGUUUCAAGGGAGUUCAUCAAGAUUUAUGCCUACCCUAUUGACGAUUGGAUUGGUUCAUGGCCUCAUAAUCCCAUGGAUUUCAGAGAAAACUUGGGAAAGUAUGCAAUGAAGGUAAAGAGAUUAAGCCUUGACAUACUGGGGGCCAUAAUGGAGAGCUUAGGCCUCAGUCCAACCUACUUGAGGAGCAGUCUUGAGCAAGGCAUGCACAUGAUAGUAGGUAACAGAUACCCACAAUGCUCCCCAUCAAGCAAUAUACUCGGAAUAGCAUCACAUACAGACCACACGAUCAUCACAAUCCUUCUUGAAAGCAUGUCAGGCCUCGAGAUCAUGGAUUUCUCUGACAACAAUGCUUGGAAGUCUGUCCCGGAAACGGAGGGCACCCUUAAGGUCCUCGUAGGGAACCAUCUUGAGGUCCUCAGCAAUGGAUUGUACAGAAGUGUUUUCCACAGGGUCACUCCAAGCGCUCAAAUGAGUAGGGUUUCUAUAGGCAGCUUUCUUAGCCUUCCCAUGGAAGAGAUGGUGGAGCCUGCCAUGGAGCUUGUUGAUGAAGAGCACCCCAAAGCAUACAGGGCAAGUAGCUUGGAUGAGUAUAUCAAAUUUCUCUCCACCAAAGCAGAAAAGUCCUACAUAGAGAGCCUGAAGAUCUGAAUAAACAUAGAGAGCAUGUAAUGUAUUAAUGUUAGUGAGAUGUUUUUGCAUGAACCUUUCUUUUCAUAUUGUUCUGCAUCGGCCAAUUCGAACUUGGAGAAAUUAUUGUGCGUGAUAAUAACAACAUCGAUCGUCAUA